AGGAAAAAAUGUCCAACGAAGGAGGAGUGCCAAAUGUCGUGAAAUUCGCGUUCGGAGGAACCGCUGGAAUGGGAGCGACUUUAGUGGUACAACCACUAGAUUUAGUGAAAAAUCGAAUGCAAUUGUCUGGAACAACAGGAAAAAAGGAAUAUCGUUCAUCAAUGCACGCGUUGACAUCAAUUAUGAAGAACGAAGGAGUUUUUGCCGUUUAUAAUGGACUUUCUGCCGGACUUUUGCGUCAAGCAACGUAUACAACCACGAGAUUGGGAACUUAUGCAUUUUUAUUGGAGAGAUUCACUGAAAAAGACAAGCCCCUAUCAUUUGGAAUGAAAGCUGUUCUUGGAAUGACAGCUGGUGGUAUUGGAUCAUUUGUUGGAACACCUGCUGAAAUUGCACUUAUUCGAAUGACUGGAGAUGGACGGCUUCCUGUUGAACAGCGUCGUAAUUAUACAGGAGUCGUCAAUGCCCUUACCCGUAUUACAAAAGAAGAAGGUGUCCUAACUCUUUGGCGUGGAUGUACACCUACAGUACUCCGAGCAAUGGUCGUAAAUGCCGCCCAACUUGCCACAUAUUCCCAGGCGAAACAGGCACUUUUGGCUUCUGGAAAGGUUCAAGAUGGCAUUUUCUGCCACUUUUUGGCAUCAAUGAUCAGUGGAUUGGCAACUACAAUUGCAUCGAUGCCUGUCGAUAUUGCAAAAACGAGAAUUCAAUCAAUGAAAGUUAUUGAUGGAAAACCGGAAUAUAAGAAUGCUUUUGAUGUUUGGGGAAAGGUCAUCAAAAACGAAGGAAUCUUCGCCCUCUGGAAGGGCUUUACCCCAUAUUACAUGCGUCUUGGACCCCAUACCGUGCUCACUUUCAUCAUUUUGGAACAAAUGAAUGCCGCCUACUUCCAAUAUGUGCUCAAGCGAGAUGUGACCAGUGCCUUGUAGAAUCGAUUUUUCAGCUAUUUUUCGACCAAAAAAUCACAGUUUUAUUAUUUUUUUUGAACAUAAUUUUAUGCUAUUUAGGUUGUGUUGUGUACACUUUUCAGAUUUUAAAUUUUGGCCAGAAAUUUUGUUUUAGCCAGGAAAAUUCAGUAUUUUUUCUUCAGUUUUUCGUGUUCAUACCAAUUUUUUCUUGUAUUUUUUUCUGCAUAUAAAUGCAAUUUUUAAUGAUUUUC